UCAGUUAACGAAACUCGGCAAGCCCCCAUCCUCCACCUCUUUGGCCAAGCUGUGCUAUUAGCAUGCAUCCAAAUUUAAAUGCGAUGGUGUUGUGUCUUCUGAGCGCAUUUUACAAUUAAAGCCUAAUCCCAACGCUAAUCCGGUGAAUAGGAAAUGGUGUAGAGACACAGAUGAUAUUUCUUCUUCGUCUUACGAAAUGUGAUUGGUUAUUGGUUCUGAAACACGACUUCCUGUUUGAAGUUGCACGCUUCAGCGUAGGGAAGAGUGCGGUUAUUUUGUGUAUUGUAUUGCUUGAUCGUCGUAUGAUGGCUGAUUCCACGGUGCAGAGGGUACAAGAAUACAAGGAUUCACUGAAAUCAAAGGCAGAACAGCUGAUCACCAAAGGAUUUCCUGAGAAGAUAGUUAAGCUCAAUGAGCUACUUGAAACGCCAAGUUUCUGCAACCGUGAAUUGUCCGACGUGCACCAAGAUUUAAAUGUUGCAAUUCCAGAUCCCAUCGCACUUAAUCAUGACGGCCCGGCUAUGAAAAAGUUGAAACGAGAAAAUAAUCUAGACAAAAUAGAGGCAAGCGGUACUCAAGUAAUGGUGCUACCUAGUGGUCCAGUGCCAUGCAACAAACCACUCUGCGAGUUGAUUCAUACUGCAAAGCCAUACAUCAGGCAACUUGUCGAAGAUUCCAACCUUUUAAAAAUGUGGAUAUCAUUCAUGAUCCCUAAAAUUGAAGAUGGUAACAAUUUUGGAGUUUCAAUUCAGGAAGAUACCCUAGCAGAAAUCCAGUCCGUAGAAAGUGAAGCGGCAGCUUUCUUUGAUCAAAUUUCAAGGUACUUCAUAUCCAGAGGAAAGAUUGUAAGCAAAGUCGCGAAAUACCCACACAUCAUAGACUACAGGCGAGCAGUUCAGGAAUUGGAUGAAAAAGAGUACCUUAGUUUAUGGCUGGUAAUGUGCGAGGUCCGUAAUCGCUAUUGUUCAUUACACGACAUAGUUAUCAAAAAUCUUGAAAAAAUAAAGCGGCCUCGACCGUCCAAUGCCGAGUCAUUGUAUUGAUGGAGCCAGGUGAUGUCCUCGCAAUCGAGUGCAAAGCUAAUUCUUGAUAACUUCAUUUUGAGAGUAUGUGGCAAAGUGUGGUGGAUGAGAGGCACCAAAAAUGAAAUGAAUAAAUAAAAUGAUAGAAUGAAUAAGAAAUGAAUAAAAAUAUGCAACAGAAAA